UUCUUAUCUGUUUUGUUCAGAAUGGGCUUCUUCCACAAGACUUCCCCACUCUCUCCCUCUGCUAGUCUCAUCCGUAGAAAAAAUAGGGUUAGGGGUUUAAGCCCCAGCUCAUCCAUAUGCAUGCUGCUCUUUGCCCCGCCGUGCUUACUUCAAUUAGUAUACUUAAUUUAGGGUUUCCUCUAGCCUUUUGUUUUUUCUUUUGAAAAUUUGAAUGAUUGCCGUUUUUUCCUUUUAAAGAUCUAUCAAUGCAUGAGAUUUGUUUCGCCAAUUCUUCAGUUGGAAACAUUAGGACACUCGAAGCUGUUUGGUUCUUGUUCCCAGAAACGGGCGCUGUGGGUUCGGAGUUGAUAUUUAAGCUGCGCAGGCGUUUCACUUAACAGAUUACUUAUUUCCGCGUUUCUAUGGCCCCGAGUCGGAAAAGAGGUGGUGGCAGUAAAGCUGUUGCCGCUAGGCCACAGUGGAAGAUAGGGGAUCUCGUUCUUGCCAAGGUCAAAGGCUUUCCGGCCUGGCCUGCUAUUGUAAGUGAGCCUGAGAAGUGGGGUUAUCCUCCUGACUGGAAGAAGGUGCUGGUCUACUUUUUUGGGACUCAGCAAAUAGCUUUUUGCAACCCUUCUGAUGUUGAAGCUUUCACGGAAGAGAAAAAAGAAUCUCUCCUUGGGAAACGUAAUGCAAAAGGCGCAGAUUUUGGUCGUGCAGUACGUGAGAUAAUUGAUUGCUUUGAUAAGUUCAAAAAUGAGUCAACUAGACUGAUAUAUGAAAUGCCGACAGAACCACACAAUCCUUGUCAAAAGGUGAAAUACGCUGCUGGCGAUAUAAGUGUUCUAAACUGUUCAACUGAAACUAGUCUGACCGGAGCGGUUGGAGAACCUUCAUUUGAUGAACAUGCACCAUCAAAAGAGCGUAGUGGCAUAGUAGAGGGAACACAUUCCACUACAAAGACUCCUUCUUCAAGAAGUAAACUCAACUCUUUGAGAUCACAGAAUUUCGCCACACAGAAAAAAGGUCGCAGUACUUUGAGAAAUGACACUUUGAGGAGGAGUAAAAGGACUAGGAAGUUAGUAGAUGAUUCUAACAAGCAUGACAUAGCUUCACCUACUUCCUUUUCAAAUGGUAGUAUUGAAGAGAAUGAUUUUGAAAUUGCAACAGCAGAUUCUGAUACCUCAAGCUUCAAUGAAGGCAGCAGUGUAGAAUCUGAUUGCAAAUUUGAGCUUAGGUCACUCGAGCAUGUGGAAGGGGAGGUAGAGUUUAACCACAAGCUUGAUUUCAGUUGUAAUAGUGUAAUACUGAAGAAGAAGAGGAAACCAAACAGGAAAAGAUUUCCUAACGGUUCAACUGCAACUACUGAUGCUCCUGUCGAAGAAACAGUUCCUGAAACACAUGUGGUUGUAUCUGGACAUAAAUUGCUGAACGAUGUUGAAAAGACAACUGAGUGUUUUGUAAAAAAUGUCAAGGAAGAUGGUGAUGAGCACUUGCCACUUUUCAAAAGAGCGAGAGUUCGCAUGGGUAGGCCAUCACCUGCAUUGGAGGAACAUGUUAUUUCAGUAGAGGAAGAAGGUAAAAGGACAACUUUGUGUAAUAGCCCUACAGAGCAGUCUAUUGGUUUGCUGAAUGAAGGAGAUAGUGCUAUUGCUCAAAACUCUUCUCCAUUGAAUAAAUGUCCUGUUAAAGUGGAACAGUUAUGCAGUAGAAAAUUUGGUGGUUCACUUGCUGGUGAAUCUGCUUUGCCCCCAUCUAAACGUCUUCACCGUGCUUUACAGGCCAUGUCAGCUAACACUUCUGAAGACAAUCAAAGAGAUCUCGGGGGAUUGUCAAAAAUAAAUAAUUCAAUUGGUGGUAGCUCUUCUGCGGGCAAUUGCAAUGGGUCAUUAGACAGUCGUGAAGUAGAUGAUGAAUCUGGGAAGGAGAGAGUGGAGAAAUUUCUGAGAAAUGCUGCUAUGGACAAUGAUUCAAGUCAGCUCACUGCAAAAACUGAUAUAUCAGUGGACGUUCCUGAAUUUAAGCCACCCAAUGUUAAGGAUAUACAAGCCAAAGUCAAAGGACCUUAUGGAGACGUAGCUCAGAUCGUCAUAAACCUCAGGGAUAGUUCAUCAACUUCCAUUGCAGCUGUAAAUGACAACCAUGAAUUAGAUGCUUGUGAUAUGUCAAAACCUUCUGGUGAUCUUGACUGUGGAACUCAGCAGAUGUGCUCAGAUUCUUUUGUAGAGGGUAAGAUGGCCACAAGUUCAUCCAGAAUAGAUGAUAUUGCUCAUAUGCAUCAAUUGGAGGUUAAAUGUGGCGAAACUAUCAGCUUGUGUCAACAGUCAUUGGAUGAGAGUAAGCAAAAUGAUGAAAUAUCGAAGGCCGAAGAGGGCUGCAGAUUGAUGUUGAACGAUUCAAGUUUUGUAUCCCCAAUUGAAAAGAUAAUGAGUUCUUCACGGCAAGAACUACAUCUGUCCUGUUCAAGCUCUAUAUCUGACGAACAAUUGGGUGAAAAGCCAGUCUCAAUUACCUUGUCCUCAUCAUCUCUUACUGAGGGGUUGGACUCGAAUGCACGAGCAUCUCCUCCCAACACUUCAAUAUGCAAUAUUUCUAAACCAGAUGACUUUGUCCUUGAUAAACCAAAGGCUGGAGAUAAAAUGAGCACAAAGAGAGAAGCGAAUGCUGCUCUGGCUUAUUUUGAAUCAAUUUUAGGAGCGCUGACUCGGACUAAGGAAAGCAUUGGUAGAGCAACACGUGUUGCUAUGGACUGUGCUAAAUAUGGGGUUGCCACUAAGGUGGUUGAAAUUAUUUCCUUUAGUUUGGAAUGUGAGUCCAAUUUACACAGAAGAGUGGAUUUAUUUUUUCUAGUGGAUUCCAUAGUUCAGAGCUCAAGAGGCUUGAAAGGUGACAUCGGUGCCAUAUACCCUUUAGCUAUUCAAACAGUAUUGCCACGAAUGUUAGCAGCAGCUUGUCCUUCUGGAAGUUGUUCUGUAGAGAACCAGAGACAGUGCUUGAAAGUGUUGAAGGUUUGGCAUGAAAGGAGGAUUCUUCCUGAAUCAGUCAUUCGCCCUCACAUAACAGAGCUGGAGUCGUUAUCUGGGUUUUCUUCUGGUGGUGCAGUCUCCCGACGCUCUUUAAGAACAGAGAGGUCUUUUGACGAUCCAAUUCGAGAAAUGGAGGGUAUGAUGGUAGAUGAAUAUGGAAGCAAUUCAAGUAUCCAGCUUCUUGGGUUUUGUAUGCCUCCCAUACUAAAGGACGCAGUUGACUCAGAUGGAGAGGGUUUUGAGGCUGUUACCCCUGAACACCCUGCUGCAAAAUCUGGACAGAAAAAUGUUGUUAGAAACAUUGAGAGACAUCGAUGUAUACUGGAAGAUGUUGAAGGUGAACUUGAAAUGGAGGAUGUGGCUCCGCCUAAUGAAGAAGAAAAAAUACCCUCUGCAAGUAGUAAUGCUCCUGUAAUGGAAACCGGGCAGGCUUUAGAUAAUCCAUUAAAAAAUCUUGUACAAGUUUGUGCACCAUUUCCAAGGGAUUUACCUGUAACUCCAUCUCCUAUACAGGUGUCCCCACUGCCUCCACCUCCAUCCCUUCCUCCACCUCCUCCACCACCCCUUCCACCACCAGUCGCUUGUUUACCUUCUCCUGUUGCAUCUGUCUCGAUAUCUGAAGGCACGGAUUUGAAGUUCUCGUCAAUUUCAGAGUGCAAUGGAGUACAGAUCGCUAGGGAAGGCUUGAAAGAAUCUGUUCUGCAAAAAUCUAUUGAUGCUAGAGCUGAACUUAGAAAUCCUGAAACAGAGCAGCAUCAAGCUACUGACAGGAGAGGAACUCACCAUCCAUUCAACAGUGAAUCUGCCCGUCAUCAAUCUGCUUGGGCAGCCAAUGACUUUCCACCAGCCGAGGGAAAUUUCAAAAAGACUUUCCGAUUGCGCCCGCCACACCCUGCCCCAUCAAACCAAUUUUCCUAUAUCCAGAGUGAUCAGCAAGCUCAAUCAACAAGGAAUGCCAACCAUCCUUCUUACCCGAACAGAUUUCAUCAUGUUCAUAACAAUGGAGAUAAUGUUGAUGUUUACCGAAGUCGUAAUGAUAUUCCUCAUCGUGGUGCUGGAGAGUACUGGAGGCCGGCUGUGCAUUCUGGAGCAUGCUACCAAGAGAACGAUAGGGCCCCUUACGAUGUUGGUCCCUAUAAUUCUCCACGCCAAAGGGUAUAUCGUGAUCACAGAUGGGCUCACCCUUCACGUACUAUGAACUAUAGAGAAUUCCUUCCCCAUAGAUUACACUCUGAAGGCCCACUUCCAGUAACAAAUAGAGGUUCAAGGUAUUGGAGACCAAGAUAAAGCCGCCGAAGCUGUGAAGCUCUACUGCUUCUGCCUCUCAUAAAUGUCUGGGAAGCAAAUAUUCGAAGAGGAUGUAUUUUAUUACCAGUUUGCAGUUUGUAAAUACACAUUCCAUCACCAAUGGUGAUAUGUAGUAGACUUAGAGAGGGAGAGAGAAAGCCUAAGCCUAAGCCAUCCAAGUGUCUUCGACAGAGUUGUAACAUAAUCUGUAGCCAGCUGACAUUUAUUGUAUAUGCUGUACUUUUUUUUGUAUUUCCCUUUUUCUUUUUGUGUUUGGAUUGUUUAUAUUCUUUAGUUAAGGAUAGAAUUUUCCUCUUUUUCAAGUGUACGGUGUACCCUCUUUGUUUUGUAACUGCUCCCAAGUUUUGCUGCCUACAGCUGAUCGGCAAUACUCAAGAGGCUAUAAAUAACUCCUCAUUCUCCCUAACUUUUGUUAAUACUAUCAAAAUAUCUCCUUGUAUCGCU